AUGUGGUUUUCUUGGUUUCUUCACGAAGAAGUCAAAACAACCACUACUACGGCCUGUAUGUUUUGUUUUUAGGGAAAAAGGCGAAAAUUUAUGCAAAAAGUCUCGCUUAUCCGAUUUUUGUUAAUGCUCAUCAGGAAAAACUAAAAUGAAGCGCGAAAAAUUGUUCCCUAACAAAAUUUAGCCGUUUCAAAGCAAAUUUGCGUUUUGAGACAUUUCCCGUUUCUCAAUUGACACAACAGGAAAAUUUAGCAUUUUCAAUGGCAAAACUCGAAGGAGCAUAUCUUCAUGAAGAUUUUGAAGCAUAGAUCAUUUCUAAAUUUUCAUUGAGAUCCUUCAAAAUUUAUAUAUUUCAAAAAGUGUCUGAAAAAUUUUUUUCUAACAAAAGAAAUGAUUUUUUUUGAUGCUCUGAAGUUUGAAUUUCUAAUUUUGCGAUGAGAUAGUUGUUCAUAACUCGACUAUUCUUGGCUUUUCUCAUUUUCGAACUUUUUUCAGUGCCUCCACUGCCAGUUUUCGAGCCAAUGACGCUCGGCGAGACGUUAUUGCCUUUCGUAUCGGUGGCGGCCAUCUCCUCCACCGUUGCCUUGUUUCUUUGUGGAUUCCCGAUUAUUCAAAGAAUCCGAUCCCGUGGUUCGACGGAAGGCACCGGUCCGGCGCCUUUCCUCAUCGGUAAUUCAUUCUGGCUUGCACUUUUGAUCUUCGCUUAAAGAUUUUUAAUCCCAGAACAAGAAAAUCAAACUUUCGCAUGAGAUAUAAAUUUCAAUUUAUUUGUUCGCAUCACGAAUUUCGCAAACUACGCAGAAAAAGAAGCGUUACUUGAUGCUUUAAAAGGGUGUUAUAACUUUUAAAAAAAUAUUAAUUGCGAGAAAUAAUUUACUGGUUCUCGUUUUAAGGGCUCCAGUCAAGUUACAUCAAAAAUUCAAUCAUUUUUAAAGAAUCGUCUAAAAUUAAAGCUUGAUUUUUUUUUUCGAAGAGCAUCCUAAUACCACUUUUUGAUAGUUUGCUUUUUUUUCGAAUACGUUGAAAAACGUUUUUUUUUUCUUCAGCUCUCUUAAAAUUAUAUAUUUUCCAGGAUUCGUUUCGUGCUGUUUCUGGCUGGAAUAUGGCCUCGUUCGAGAAGAUUCCACGGUUAUUUUUCACGAAUGUCAUUGGAACAACUCUACAGUCCACCUAUUUGGCCUAUUAUUACUACAUGACGAGGGCUAAGGUUUGUAUAAAUUAUUAUUUUCGGAUGAAAAAAAUUUUUUUUUCUAGAAGUGUUUAAGUUUUUUUGCUUCGAAAAAGGCUGUUUGAAAUACGAUUUUGAUGGAUUUUGGUCACAUUUUUUUAUUGGAAAAAUCAAGUUUUUUUACGCUUAUUUUUUUGCAUCGGAAUCGCAAAUUUUUCAAAUUUUAAUUGAUUUUCUUUUUUUCCGAGAUGAUAAAUAGAUGAGGGCUGAGAUCUGAAAGAAAUAUUUUAUUUAAACGGAAAAAUUUUUUUCAUAAAUUUUUUUAAGAAGGCUGUUAAAAUUAUAUUUAUUUGAAUUCUCGUCCUUUAUUUUGAUGGAAAAAUCGAGUUUUUUUAACUGAUUUUUUUACAUAUAAAUCGCAAAUCGAAGCCAUUUCCCUUUUUGAAUCGAAUAUUGAAAUGUUCUCUUUUCAUUGGAAAAAGUUUGAUUUCAAAUUUUUAGUUUUAAACUUAUAAUUUACAGAGAAGGCUCAACCAAAUCAUCACUUUCGAGUUGUUCUGCAUCUUCUCGAUGCUCUACUACGUGAACCUUUUGGGACUGUCAAGAUCGGUCGUCGAAUCUCACCUUGGGAUCGUCUGUAUAGUCCUCAAUAUCGCCACAAUCGGGGCUCCGAUGUUCGAAAUCGGCGAGGUUUUUUUGAACCUUUGAGUUCGUUCACGCUUGAGUGGUCACUAGAGGGACGACCUUGGGGACACUUGAAAGUUCCCCUCAAGGGACCACCUUACCUCCUACUAUUGGACGCUGUGGCCAUGAUAGUGGCCCCUCUAUCUCUUUUAAAUUUAAUAACCAGAAAAAAUAUUUAAACAACUACUAUAAAGACUACUUGAGCUUCACAGACGUAGGGGUCAGACUCUAAACUCCUAUAGGGACCACCUGCAUAGGCAAAGUCGGAAGGACCUUUCUGGAAGGCUUCUGGAAGGCUCCACAGGAAUGUUCCUUUUAGGGUGAUGAAGGCUCCCUUUUUGGGCCAUUUUCUCAAAAAAAUGAAAGGCUUGAUAAAGGGAGUCCCUUUGAUGCCUUUUUUGAGAAUCUCCCGUUUAGCGGCCAUUAUCCGCCAUUCGGACUUUGCCCGAGUGAAUUAUACUUGUUUAGGGAGCACUAUUUUGUCCACUAUAAAGGUUUUUUCUCCCUAAUGACCACUCUGGCGUUCCUAAGGAUAUGCCUUUUGUGAAAUCUAAAUAGAAAGGAAAAUUUAAAAAAAAAAAUAAAUCGUGAUAUUUAUUUUUUGCCGAAAUUUUGGUGAUUGAAGGAGAAGAAUUUGAGUUUUUUGGCUUAAUUUGGAUUGAAACUAUUUCAUUCCGGCUCAAAAAAGCCUUUUCAUGUGGAACAGGGAUUUUUUGAAGUUUGGAAAGAACGGCUGUUUGAACAAAAAACGCGGAAAAUAAUAUUUUGUUCUUGUCGUAGCACCGUAUUUUUUUUUUCUUUUUUUCAAAGAUUUUUCGUCUCUAAAAACACUGAAAUGGUUAAAAGGACGUAAAAAGCUUUUUGAAACUUAUUUUUCUAGGUGAUCCGUUCGAAAAGCAGCGAAUCUUUGCCUUUGCCUCUCUGCGUCGUGAGUUUCGUCCAGACGGUCUUGUGGCUCACUUAUGGCAUCAUCGUAGAGGAUAUGGUUAUUCAGGUACCUUUUUGACUCUUUUUAUGAUAUAUCUUGGUUAUAGAGCAGAAAAAUGAUUAUUUUUCGAGUUUUGAUCUAUUUUUUAACUUCCCAAGAUCCGCGGUGGACAUUUAAAACUGAGAAAAAAAGUUUUUAGGAAGAGUUUUCAGGUCCCCAACUACUUUGCUCUGGUGAUUUCGGUCGUUCAACUGGCUCUUUUCGUCAUUUAUCCGAGCGCCCCGAAAAAAUAUAAUCGAUUGAACACGACGGAUUUUAAUAUUUGA